AUGGCAAACCAACGAUUUCAAUCACUGCUGCUGGGACAUUGGCGUGUCAUGUGGCCAAAUGUCCUUGUCAUGUUGUUGUUGUCGUUGUUGUGGAUUACUCUAUCACUCGUUCAAUCACUUGAUAUUAUUCCAAACAGUGUUGGCUCUUCCGACGUUUAUCAACAUAUUGUCAAGAUUUCAAAAAGAAGAGGAGGCCACGAUCUGUCACCACUUGAUUUUCAAUCAAAAGGAUUUACUGUAAUUCCUACCAGUGAUGAUCACGAAAAUAUUUUCAUGUUUUUAGGAGAUGAAGAAUUAUAUCAAUUGAAAUCUCUCUCAGCAACAAGAAAUGAAUUACAAAUUUUAUAUUCUCGAAACAAACUCGUGUCAGAUCAUGUUAUGAAUACAAAUGAAGAUGAAAAUGAUAUUGAAAUGGUAAAGGAAAUGAUAUUGGCACAAUUUAAUCCUUCUUUGAAAAAAGAAUUAUUGAAACUCUACAGUGGAUUUAAUCAAGUACCAACAGAUUAUCCAACCAUUGAAAAUAUUAAUAAUUAUUUGAAAGGUUUAGAAACGAGAUUUCCAGGAAGAGCUAAAAUGGUGAAAAUUACACAACAACCAACUUUUGAGAAUCGACAUAUUUAUGGUGUGAAAAUAUCCAAUAAUGUCAAUGAAGAUCGAGAUGUUCCCAAUAUUCUUAUUGUGAGUGCUCAUCAUGCAAGAGAAAUUAACACAGUCAUCACGAGCAUAGUUAUUAUUGAAAAACUGCUUUCUGACACGAACAAAUUUGGAAAGAUUCUACAACAUUAUCAAAUUUAUAUCAUUCCAGUGGUGAAUGUGGACGGAUAUCAUUACGUUUUCUCAACAAAUAAUUGGUGGAGAAAGAACAGAAGAUUUAUAGGAUAUCAUAAUGGAACAAAAUCAUUUGGUGUGGAUUUAAAUAGAAACUAUGACAUUGGAUUUGAGAAAUGUGCUGGCAAUUCAACAUUGAACUCGGAUUUGUUUAAAGGAGAAUUUGCAUUCUCUGAAAUUGAGACAAGUGCAAUCAGAGACUUUUCCAAACGUGUGGGUGGAUUUUCCAAAGUUCUUGAUUUUCAUAGUUUAGGAAGACAAGUACUCACAGGUUACACUUGUACGUUUAAUGCUCAGCAAGAUUAUAUUGCCAAGUUAGGAGAAGAGUUGGCUUCCAAGGUUAAAAAUUAUAAGACUCGUGUGCCUCAUGCUGAUGGAGAACAUCAAGAAUAUCACAUCAAACAGUAUACCUCCUAUUCAUUUUUAAUUGAGAUUAUGGACUCUUUCCAACCACCUUUUGCUGAAAGUGUGAAAGAAUCGAUCGAAUUGAUGCCUCUCGUCGAACACUUUUUUAAUAAGGCCAUUCCAUUGAGGGGUCACGUGUAUGACAUCCAAACAGGCAAGCCACUCAACAAUGUGAACAUUCAAAUUAUUGGCGUUGAUUGGAAAGCUGGAGAGAGUAGACACACCAAUCACUUUGGAAGUUUUUAUUUAUUCUUACCCUCCAAUACACAAUACGAUCUCCUAUUUUCAUACCAAGGUAGAGUGUUAAAGACCAGGGUUCUCUUGGGUCACGACAAUGAGUCACAAAUUCUAGACGUACGUUUGUAA